AUGCCUAGAGGCCGUGGCAUAGACCCUGGUCGAGCAUCUGCUAUGAGACAAAUUCUCGAUCGGAUCGAUCAGCAACAAGGCGAGCUCAACACAACCAUACGUCAGCGAGGUGUCGACGGUGCGACGUCCUCACAAAAGCUGAGCAAAUUGUGGCUGUUGGGAAGCAAGGCUCUCCGUCGAAAAGGGAAGCGAAAGCUUGAGAUGGUCAAGCGAACAGAAGGCAUUCCCAGCGACGAGGGUGACACCACAGCGCAAACGGCGGACGUGACCAACCGUAGGAGAAACGCUUUGGUCGCCGAUCCAGUGAUAUGUGACCGUCCCGAUGAAUCGUUGGAGGCUGUGACAGACGAGGUCCGAGGAGCGCAGGCCGAAGUUGAUAAUUGCCAGCCUGGAACUGAAUCAUUCUCAGCAUCCAUCAGACAAGAUAUCGUUGUUGGCGAAACUCCAGAUGUGUUCUUGCCAGGCGGCUCCGAACGAGCGCUUCUCAAAGAUGGUCAAGAGUGUCCAGCGCAGUCAACAGAGCCCCUUGCCUGUGUGGUUGAAGCUCUUGGUGGGGGAGACGAAGCAGAAUCAACAGCAAAUGCUGAAGAUACGGUCUCGAACAAUCGAAGCGCAAAGUUUCAUCUUCGCCAGCUGAUCAGAACGUCCGCGGUCAAGUCAUCCAGAACGAUUCCGGCCUUCACAAACGGCAGGCAAGUCAGGCAGCAGCGAGAGCAAUUGCAUGUCAAGGCAACGAUGCAACAGGAUCCGCAUCGGACAAGAGCACAAGCCAUACCAUCGCCCAGACCCCUUCGGCCCAACGAAGACGCCAUACUGAAACGCAAAGCUGUCGAGCAGCUUUCAGAAGCGUCCGGAGCCAAAGCGCGAGAGGCGAGCAAGCUCCCUGUAUCGUGGACGGCAACGCAGGAUGGUCUGGAUCCAAAGAUGUUCCCGUCGCUUCCAAGUUUGUCCGACAAGACGGUCAAAACGCAUCACGGCGCUGUGUGGCAAGGCAUCCUGAGCCUUUCUCACAAAUACUUCCAAGACACCGGCAUCGACCCCAGCAGCCGUCCUGAGUUUUGUCGUGUGCCCGAAGGCCAACUCCAAGCCCUGUACCAACAGCCCUUUGGCGAACGCUGGCAAGCAUACGUGUGCGAAAUGGUGCAUCUCGAAAAGCUCAAGGCCGUGGGUGUGAUCCAAGGCUGCAUCGGGGCCGCCAUCAAGCGUCAUGCUCCUUACAUUACGCAGCUUAUGCGUUACCAUGAAGCACAACACACCUUCCCUGAGAUUGCUUUGCUUGCUGAGCAGACCAUGCUGGCCGAUCGGAAGUUUCAACAAGAAGUCAUUCGCGCAGAGGCUGAGCGCCUUGCUGGCGAGCUUUCGUUGACACUUGAGCCUCAGCUGUUGAAGCUCGGCGUGCGAAAGACUGCAAAGCAAGCAGACGCGCGAGCAUUCUGGCAACAAUGCCAAAGUGAUUUGGUGGACAUAUUCCAGUCAGCUCUCGUUCUAAAGGGGCUGCUUCUGGCGGCUCCGGAUGAAAGCGCUCUCGAAUGGGUGGCAAGAGGAGCGGAGGUGGACAGAAAUACCAUGGUGGAGGCGAACAAGGGCCGGGAGCCGUUUGAGGUACUCUGGUGCAUUUCUCCGGUGGUGCGGGUUGGUUCAAGUCCGGAGCAGGAGUGGCGGGUGGUGUCUCCGGCGACGGUCCAAUCGAUCAAGAAGUCAGAGUCUGAGAACUGA